AAUUUGUAGGUUAUUAAAACUAAUAAAUGUUUUGGUAAUUAUAAUUCACGAUGGAGAAUAAUUUACUUCGCGUUACCCAAAUGAAUGCAAUUUAUUUGGAUACGGAAAUAUAUAACGCUUUGUAUCAAUUAUUUUUAGACUCUACUAAAAGUUUACCGCCUGGUCUAACUGCUUUGUACGAAUCUGAAAUCCAGUUGAUUUUAAAAUUGAUGCUAUUGAAUAAUUCGGUUGUGAAACAUGGUGCUACUUUUGGUCAACAAUUACUUUCUAUUAAGUAUGAUAACAUGAGUAGCGUUCAGCGAGUUAUGUAUUUGUUGGGGCACUGUUUAACUUACGUUAAAAAUAAAUUCGAACUAUUGAGACCUUCCCAUGGGAUAAAUAAUACAUUAUUUAAAUUAGACACGGUUAUGAAACUACUAGAUUUCAUUAACCUUUCUGCGUUUUUAAGAAACGGGGUUAAACCCCUACUCAUCGAGAGAUUUCUUGGUUUGAACCAAAUUUAUUCGAGCGACAACGCUCAGAGGCGUUACGAUUCGAAAUAUUUAGCUAGAGAACUCCUUUGGAACGGUUUCAUUGAUAUUUUGGUUUAUAUUACUCCUUUGAUAAACUUUCAUAAAUUAAAGAGAACCGUUAGGAAUUUGAAUCCUUUUCACGUUAAAAAAGUUUUUACUAGUGUACCGAACCGAGGGAUGACCACGCAAAGUAAAUGUGCCCAUUGUGGGGAAAACCCCAUUAUACCACACCACAUGGGUUGUACACAUGUUUUUUGUUACGUUUGUUUGAAGGGGAACCAAGCUGCUGAUACAUUGUUCGAGUGUCCAUUGUGUGAACAUAAAAACGUAACUGUAGUUUGUACAAGAGUCACUUUUUUAUAAAUUAUUAAAUACUAAUAAAA